CACAAUAAAGUCAACAUCGUUCCAGUUAUUGCAAAAGCAGAUGUUCUCACCAAGAAAGAAGUAUUGCGUCUCAAGAAGAGGGUAAUGGAGGAAAUUGAGGAGCAUGGAAUUAAAAUUUAUUCACUGCCUGACUGUGACAGCGAUGAGGACGAAGAUUACAAGGAGCAAGUGAGACAAUUAAAGGAGGCCAUGCCAUUUGCUGUCUGUGGGGCUAAUACUCUGUUGGAAGUCAAGGGCAGGAAGGUACGGGGUAGAUUGUAUCCCUGGGGUGUUGUCGAGGUGGAGAAUCCCGAUCACUGUGAUUUUAUCAAACUCAGAACAAUGCUCAUUGCUCAUAUGCAGGAUUUGCAAGAAGUAACUCAGGAGGUACAUUACGAGAAUUAUCGGAGUGAGAGGUUGGCUAAAGGUGCCCCAGCCCCUCCAAGACGACAAACGGUAAUCGAGCCAGAGAAACCAGUUGGUUCGGAAAUAGACCGGAAAUUGCAGGAAAAAGAUGCAGAAAUUCGUCGUAUGCAGGAGAUGCUAGCAGCAGUUCAGGCGCAGAUCCAACACCAGCAGUUGUAAUCCUUGGAAAUAGCCCGGUGAGGACUGAAAUGUUUUUUCUUGUCAGGUGCCAAAAAAGAUAAUCACGCAAUCGAGUGCAAGGGGGUAACGGUACAAGACAAGACUCGUCAUGCAUAAUUCAUGAAAAAAUCGCCACCGUUACACAAUUCCAUAUCAAUUCAUCAAAAUAAAACUCGAUAUAUUUUUGGUAACACGAUGUUUUCCAUUGUCGAAUGAGUGAUGAUAGCUGCGAGACCACUGUACCCAUAGUAGAACCUGAAAAGUGCCUUGCAGUCCUCAUUUUAUUUGCAAAUUUCCAUCUCAUCACUGAAUUAUCAUAUUUGUACAUAUUAUGAUUUAUGAAUCUGCACUGCUGAGGCCUGGCAACGAAAAAAGUGUCUGAUAUUUUGUGCAAUUUUUUAUACGUCAGCAGAACUUUUUCUAGCAUUCUCCAUUUCUACGAGAAAUCUCGACUUUUCCUACUGGAUUACUUAAUUAUUUUUACACAACUCAAUAAUUAUUUUCUUAUAAAAAUCAAACAGAAAAAUCUUCCUUUUUACUGUGAUAAGGAACAAAGAAAUUGCAUAUUCCACCGUAUUCUUCCACAUCUAAUUAACUCGGUAAUUUACGUCUCGAGGUAUUUUAAUCA